AUGCUCGCAGUCGUUUGGGCUGUGCACAAGUGCAAGUUGUACUUAUCCGGCACCCUAUUUGAUCUGAUCACUGAUCACCGUCCGUUGAUCCCGAUUAUCAACGCGUAUUCUCUAGAUCAGAUCGAGAAUCCUCGCCUUCUUCGUCUUCGCCUGAAGCUGCAGUCGUUUCAAGUGCACGCUUCCUGGCGAAAAGGCUCUGAUCACGCGUUUGCUGAUGCGCUGUCUCGCAAUCCCGUCGGCAUCCCGUCUUCAGAUGAUGAACUCGGCGAAGCCCCUGCUCUUCAUUGCCGCAGCAUCCGUGUGUGCAUGCUCCGUGACGAUGGUCCUCACCCCAACCUGAAGUUUGCUGAACUUCGAGCAGCCGCCUCAGCUGAUCCAGUCUAUCAGUCUCUUGUCCAGUGCGUUCUGCAUGGUUUUCUCGCUCGUCAGCGUGAUUUGGAUGCUCCACUCCAACCCUUCUGGAAUGGACGUGAACACCUGUCAGUGGACCAGGGCAUCGUCAUGAAAGGCCAACGCAUUCUAGUUCCCUUGGCUAUGCGUCAACGCGUUCUUGCUAACCUUCAUGCCUCGCAUCAAGGUCUCGUCCGCACUAAGGCUCGCGCCCGACAGCUCGUGUACUGGCCUGGUCUCACCGCCGACAUAGACACCCUUGUCCGUACCUGUUCCGCGUGUCGAGAAUUCCAGUCGUCGCAGUCAGCCGAACCACCGAUGAAUGACCGUCAUCCUACUCUGCCGUUCGAGUUUGUGUCCGCUGAUCUGUUCUCUUGCCAAGGCUAUGAGUUUCUUGUUUAUGUCGACCGUCUGACUGGUUGGCCGUGUGUUGUUCGAACCGGCAGGACCACGUCAUCACACGAUGUCAUUCUCGCUUGUCGUCGUUGGUUUGCCGAUCUGGGUGUGCCUGCUGUACUGUGCACCGACGGUGGCCCCCAGUUUGCAUCGAAGAAGUUUGCCGACUUCUGUAGCCGUUGGCAAGUGCAACGCGUAUCCUCUUCCCCGCAUUAUCCCCAGAGUAAUGGACAUGCGGAAGCCGCAGUGAAAGCUAUGAAGCGCUUGCUGCUCAAGACCUCGUCAAAUGGCAAUCUCGACACAGAUGCAUUUCGUCGUGGUCUACUGGAGUGGCGGAAUACGCCCGGUCCGUCUGGCAAGAGCCCAGCUGAGCAUCUUCUCGGGCAUCCACUUCGGUCUUUCGUCAUUGCUGAGUGGACGCAGUUUGAUUCCUCGUGGUCGACCGUCGCUAGUGAGCGUGAAGAACAGUCACCACCCUCGACACCUGUUUCAGCCAGUACUCCAACCCACCGCUCUCUUCCCGUUCUCCGUAUCGGCACUCCUGUGGACGUCCAGGAUCCAAAGACGAAGCGUUGGACAACCCGUGGCGUGAUUGUGGCCAUUGGGCAGCACCGUGACUAUUUCGUCAAGUUGGCUAGUGGUCGAGUUUAUUGGAGAAAUCGCCGUUUUCUUCGUCCGUUCUCUCCACCCGUGCCGUCACCAGCACCAUGCGUUUCACCACAGCCGUCUGUUGUCGUUGCUCCUGCUACGCCUCCUCCUCUGCGUCGCAGCACACGAGCACACCAACCACCCUCUCGUUUGAACAUUUCCUCCACCCGUGGACAGUCUUAUGCAUCUUGA